AGAACUUGAAUCCGUCCAAAUACAUGAUCUAUUUGAAACUUCAAUUUCCAAUUAUCAUCAUAAAGAUAAGAAUUCAGAUAUACUUAGUUCUAGAAUUUUUGAGAUAGCGAAUGAUAUUUUACAAAGUGGAAAUACAAUACCUUACAGUACAUUGUCGAGAGUGAGUUAUGAAUUAAAAGAAUUAUCAGAUAAAGAUAGUUUUGAAAAAUGGAAUAAGUUGCUUUCUACUAUAUCUUCUGACAAUGAAAUUUGUUCUCCCGCUUCUGAUAGGGAACCUACAAUUAAAGAAUUUAAUCGAUCAGCCGAAUUGGCAAACCUUUGCAGAUCAAAUCGCUUUGAUGCGGAUUAUCUUAUGAUAGAAUUUUAUAAAAUGCUUGAUGAAGGUCUGUUACCCACUCCUGAACUUGUUAGUCAAGCUAUAAGGAAUUUAGGAAAGAUAAAGGAGCUUGAUAAAGCAAAGGAAAUUUACAAUCAUGCUUUGGAUUUUCAUCAAAAAUGGAAAUCUCCUAUCAGAGAAAAUACAUUGCAUUAUGCUCGUAAUAGUAUGCUUGUUGCAUAUUCGGUUAAUCAUAAUUUGGAAUGCGCAAAUCAAAUGUAUCAAGAAAUUGUUGAUUCAGGUCGUUAUCCAGAUGCUAAUGCAAUUGCUGAUUAUAUGAUAUGUGAAGGUGAAAGGGAUACGGAUGAAGCUUCAACAGCUUUUAAAUUUUAUAAUGAAAUAAAGAAACGUAAUAUAAGAGCUACAACAUAUUUUUACAACGUUUUAAUUAGUAAACUUGGAAAAGCACGUAAAUAUGAUGCUGUAUGGGAAAUAUUUGAAGAGAUGAAACGAUUAAAAAUUCAACGUAAUGUAGUUACUUAUGGAGCUUUGAUUGCAGCAUGUGUUCGUGUGAAAUCAGAAGAAAAAGCUCUUUCGGUUUUUAAAGAAAUGGAAAGUUCAGAAAGGUACCAACCACGUAUUGGACCAUUCAACACGAUGAUGCAAUUUUACACUUGGGACUUACGCAAUAGGGAAAAGGCACUUCAAUUUUUCGAAGAAAUUAGAAAACAUAAAUUGAGUCCAUCAGAACACACAUACAAAUUGUUAAUAGAUGUUUAUGCUACAAUUGAACCUUAUGAUAUGCAGUUAGCAUUGAGUGUAUUUGAUUUAAUGAAACAAAAUGGAAUGGAGCCGCAACCUACACAUUACGCUUCCUUAAUUUACGGUUACGGAGUUUGUCAGAGAAAUAUACCAAAUGCUUUACAAACAUUUACUUCGAUGCAAGAGUUUCAUAAUGUUCGACCGGAUGAAAAUACGUAUCAAGCAUUAUUUGAUGCACUAAUUGUUAAUAAUCGUAUCUCCGAAGCUGAAGAAUAUUAUGAUGUAAUGAUAACGCAGAAGGAUGUAAAAUCAACCCCCUAUAUUGAAAAUUUAUUUAUUAAAGGUUAUGGUCAGUUAGGCAAGUGGGAAAGAGCAGAAAUUGUGUUUAAUAAUAUGAUAGAUCUUAAUGAUACAUCUAAUAGUAAUCGUGUACCAAGAGAACCCAGUACUUAUGAGGAAAUGGUGAAAGCUUAUGUUAUUAGUGGACAAAUCGAAAAGGCUAGAGAAGUUGCAAGUAUAUUAGAGCAUAAAGAUUUUCCAGAGAUUGUAAAAAAUAAUAUUGCUAAUUUAUUACAUUAAUAAAGUUUUCACAAAUUUACUAAUAACAUAUGAAUCAUUAACUGAACUAGGUGUUUCAAAUACAAAUCACAGAUCUUAUAACAAAAAUUUACAGUAAAUGUAUU